CGGAGAAUAAAGAUGGCCUACUUACCCCUAUUUCCCAUGCUGCCAUCUCAACAAGUUCUUUUUCGUCGUGAUUUAAGAUAGCGAUCCAAGAUGCCGUCUGUGACUUUGCUAGACGUUGAUCAACACAAAUUUGUGAAAGCUUUUGCAAGCUUUCUAAAAAAAACUGGUAAAAUGCGCGUACCAGAAUGUAUGGACAUAAUAAAAUCAGGUCAAUUCAAAGAAUUAGCACCAUAUGAUCCCGAUUGGUAUUUCACAAGGUGCGCAGCCCUCGUUCGUCAUAUUUACAUCCGCAGUCCCAUUGGUGUUGGUGCGGUAACAAAAAUAUUCGGUGGACGUAAACGUAAUGGAACUCACCCCAGCCACUUUUGCAAAUCUUCUGGCGGCCUUGCACGUAGAGCUCUUCAAAGUUUGGAGCAACUUAAACUUAUCGAAAAAGCUCCCCUUGGUGGUCGUAAACUCACCAGCCAGGGACGCCGUGAUUUAGAUCGUAUUGCUGCUCAGGUGAAAGCUAAAAGUAAAAAACAAUUGAAACUUCAAGAAACUCUCGUUCUUUAAGGAUUGUAAUUCAAUAAUAAAAUUUUUUUAAAUUUA